AUGGCGGAUGAUGGCGAUCAUUCAAGGACUGAAAGAAAAACUGUCAAGACUGAUGUGUUGAGGGCCAAGAAAAAGGCAUUCUUGACGAGAAAAGAAUGUAUAAAGAAGAAGACGAUGGAAUUAUCAGUUUUGUGUGAUGUCAAAGCUUGCACUGUGAUAAUAGGCCCCGACGGGCAGGUUGAAACGUGGCCUGAGAAUCGUAGCGAUGUGCGUGAGGUGAUCAACUUGUACCGAAAUGGGUCGCGGAAGCAGCAAUAUUCUGAUCGGGGUUGUAACAAGAAGCAGGCUUUGGGAGGUGAUAAAGGGGCUAAGAAUAGGGCUUUGAAUCCGGAAGAAUUUCUGAAAAAGCUUGAGGCCAAAAUAGAUCAAGUCAACAAACAGAUUCAAUUUGUCAAGUCCAAAGAUCAAGAAAUCGAUUCAGGGUGUUCCUUUGGUAAAUAUGAUACUUUUGAAGAAGCUGAUAAACCUGAUUAUUCUUUCUGCUAUCAACUUGGCAACCCAUUGUGUGGCGGCAUUCCUCCUAAUGCAUGGCCUCCAAAAUAUUCACAAGAUAUGGGCUUCCAUUCUAAUGUUGACAUGCUUGGGUUUGGAAAUCAGUUGCCUGUGGAUAUUGUGUCUUCUACUCCGGGCUAUAUUGGUGGCUUUCCUGGCAAUGUUGAUGAUGUGCAUUUGGGACCUGUGGUUUCUUCUGAACCUAUGUCACAACUGGGUUUUCAAUCAGGAGAAUACUUUCCAUCUUCCUUGCAACCACAACCUUCGAAUGCAGCAUCUUUCUCCACAACACAAAGUUCGCAUAUGCUGUAUUAUGCUGGUCAUACUCCUUACAGUCAGGCUCCACAAAUACAAGAGCUUCCUGGUUUUAGCGGGCAGUUAACAGUUCCUCAACCACAGAUGCAGCAUAAUGCACCAUCAGCCCCACGACAAGUACCUGUGAUGGAAAAUCUACUGCAAAUACCUGGUCAGCCGUUUCAACCUCUUAAUCAAGCACUAUCACAGUUUGCUCAAAUGCUGUCACAAGAAAAGCAAACUCCUCAAACCAGCUUUCAGUCAUCACAACAGGCCUUCUCCCAGCUUCAACAGCAGCUGCACAUGGAGCAGCCAUGUAACUAUAUUGAUUGUGCUACUGCUCCAUCCUGGUUCGAAACUGAAAGUACACUCAUUACAGGAGGCGAGCAAUUUCAACAGAACUAUAUUGAUAACAGUGAUGAUUCUUCUUGGAUGCAGUCGCCCAUAUUUCAAGAGACAUCCUUUAAUUCAACCAUGGAAACACCUUGCUGCUGUGAUUGCCAGCUUGAUGAGAUACAUGGAUUUGAGCAGGCCGGACAAACUUCAUUGUUGUUUGAUCAUUGUAUUACCGGAUUUGAACUGCCUGCCACUGAAAAUGAUUCUUUUGGUACUGGAGUGGAAUUGACAUUGAAUCAAUUUGAUACUUCUAGCACUGGACUGGAUUAUGAAUUCGAAUUUUCUCCAACUGAUUAUAGCCCACCAAAUUCAUGUUUUUCAGACACUAGCAUGCCAGUGGGAGAAGAGGGCGAAUUUGAUGUUCUUCUACAACAAUUUCAGCAGACUGCACCAACCCUCGACUUCUUCAACCCUGACUGCAGCUUAACGGAUACGUUAGGUUUUCCAUCUGAUUUUGCCAUUGGCUUUGAAAUUGUAGUCAUACCAAUUCAUUUAGUAUACUAUUUUUGCUGUUUGGAUGUGAACUCCACCUCUUCAUGCCCUUCUGGCUGGAUUAGUAAUCCUAGCAAUAGUAAGUGUUUUAAAUAUAUUUCAACCAAUCGAUCAUGGGAUGAGUCAGAGACCCAGUGCAAGGCUGACAAUGGACACCUGGCAGCAGCGGCCUCUUUGCAAGAACUCAGUUUUAUCCAGAAGUUAUGCAGUGAGAAUGUAAAUGGAUGCUGGGUUGGUGGGAGAGGCAUAAAUGGUACACCCGGUUUGGGUUGGAAAUGGUCUGAUGAUACAUUCUGGAAUGGAUCUAUCACUCCUAGCAUGCCAAUCCAUUCAGGUUGCUCCAAUCUGUCUUGCUAUGGUGGAAAUAAAACAGAAAUAUGCACAUUAAUGAUCAACAGUGCUAUUUAUCCUAUGGGUCAGAGAUGUAAUUUGUCAUAUGCCUUCAUAUGCAUGCUUGACGUAGAGAACAAAUGUCAUCAUAUGCACUGCCACAGGGAAUAUCUUGUCAUUCUUGCUGUUGUGAGUGGCUUGAUACUCUGCAGUACUCUAGCUGUUGUGAUAUGGCUCCUUGUGUAUAGACGUAAUAAAAGGCGUAAAAGAUCUCGCAAGCUAUCUACUCCAGCAGAAUUGGCAUUAGUUCUGUCAUCAUGGAAAGUUUUUACACGUGAGGAACUGAAGUCAAUUACAAAGAAUUUCAGUGAAGGAAACCGUCUUCUUGGGGAUGCCAAAACGGGGGGCACAUAUAGUGGUCUUUUGCUAGAUGGAUCAAGGGUGGCAGUUAAAAGGCUGAAGAGAUCUAGCUUUCAGAGGAAAAAAGAGUUCUAUUCUGAGAUAGGAAGGGUUGCAAGACUCCAUCAUCCAAAUCUGGUUGCUAUUAAAGGGUGUUGCUAUGAUCAUGGUGAUCGUUACAUUGUAUACGAGUUUAUUGUGGAUGGACCUUUAGAUAGAUGGCUACAUCAUAUUCCUAGAGGGGCUAGGAGUUUGGAUUGGUCCAUGAGAAUGAAAGUUGCCAUGACUCUUGCUCAAGGGAUAGCACAGAGGCUUAUAGUCAGAGCUACAAAGAAUGAUACCAACGAAAGCAUGAUUCCAUACCCAGAGCCUUAUCAAAGCAUGUGCCAGCAAUGGCGGUUAGGAGCUCUUGGUAUUGAGUGGCGUCCAUCUUUUAUAAGAUUUGCUGUUGGUGUUGAUUUCAGCAUGAACCAAGAUUAUCAAAUGCUUCCCAUAGCAGACUUAGAUAUAUUGAUUGAUCCACUUCCCGAUUUUGUGGAUGCAAUGGACUGGGAGCCAGAAAUUGAGAUACAUAGUGAUGAUAAUGAUUCAGAGUAUAAUGUUACAGAGGAUUAUUCAUCUGGAGGUGAACGAGGAAGUUUAAGUUCCAAUUCUAGCGAUCCUGAGUGCAGCGCAUAA